CGAGCUCCGUCUCAGUCUGCGACAGUUUGGAUGCUGGAAAAAUGACGCGGACGUUCGCCCAAGUUUGGAGGAGCGCCAUAACCCGCUGGUGUCUUUUCGUUGUCCUUGUCAGCUCGACGGUUUUAUAUUUAUGGAGGUCUUUGGACAUCGCGGACUACCUGCCCGAGGAAAAGUUGCUGAGACAAAGAAUCAAUUUAGACCACACACUUAAAUUUGGGACCAGGCCGCUUGUUCAAACAAUCACUCCUUGGAAAGCGCCUGUCUUGUGGGAAGGGAUGUUUGACCCCAAUCUCUAUGAUCAAAAGCACAUGGAAAAUGACUCAUCCGUGGCCCUCACCGUGUUCGCGGUGGGAAGGUACCUGGACGCCUACCUCAACACCUUCCUCACCUCCGCAGAGAAGCACUUCAUGCUGGGAUUACAGGUGACGUAUUACGUGUUCACCGACCUGCCGGAGAAGGUGCCGACCAUCGAGCUCGGUCCCCGCCGCAGCCUGAAGGUCAUCCAGGUACCAAAGUUCUCCAGGUGGCAGGACAUCUCCAUGAUGCGCAUGAAAAUGAUAUCUGACGCCAUAGAAUCAGAGAUAAGCCACAACUGCAAUUAUAUCUUCUGCUUGGACGUGGAUCAGGAGUUUAAAGGCCGAUUCGGCUCAGAGGCUCUGGGCGAUUCCGUGGCUUUGCUACACGCCUGGUAUUACAAACGUCCGAAAGAAAGCUUCACCUACGACAGAAACCCCAAAUCCAAAGCCUUCAUGGAAACCGGAGACUACUACUAUCAUGCUGCUAUCUUUGGAGGCGUGUUGGAAAAGGUGAAGGAUUUGGCAGAUUACUGCUUUCUGAAAAUAAUGGAGGAUAAACAAAACAAUGUGGAGGCGUUGUGGCACGACGAAAGUCAUCUAAACAAGUACUUCUGGCUUCACAAACCCAGCCGGCUGCUCUCCCCCGAGUACUGCUGGGACACGGCUAUUGCCCAAAAUGAGGACAUAAACGUCACCCGCCUGAUAUGGGCUCCAAAGAAUUACAAAGAACUUCGUACUCGGUAGAACGGCAACAAGAAACGCUGAAUGAAAGGAAGUUUAGGUACAAGUGAUUGUACAGGGCUUAUUUCAAUCUAAACUAAAAAGUGAGUCUGAAAACUAAUGGAUGACCUCAUUCCCUGCAUUUACUAUGAAGUACAGCGUGCUUAUUCAAAGAAAAGGAAAAUACCCAAAUUCUUCCCUAACGAAAACGUAUAUUUUUAUAUAUAUUUCUAUUUAACAGCAAUCUAAUUAAAAUGGAAGUCACAAUAUUACAAUAGGCAGAGAUGGGGAGUAUUUCUAUGAGAAUUCGUAUCUCACGUGGUUUAAAACAAAAUACUUACAGUGGUGUAAAUUUGAAAAAUAAAAUACGCAAAAUACUUUUCAGGCUCAGUCAGAUUGUCAGAUUGUUUGUCGAGGGAAAUUUUUUUAUCUGAGUGUGACAUAUAUUUACUAGAAAAUGCAUUUCCUGCUGAAAAUGCGUUGGAAUGCAAAAAGCUGAAAUUAUUUUUUUUAAAUUGCUUAAAAUACAGAAAUGAAAAAAGCUGAAAUUAAGUCUAAACAUUGCUGAAAGAAUAGAAAGAGGAGAAGCUGAAAUAAAUUUAAAAUAUGCUGAAAAUACAGAAAUCAGAAAUGCUGAAAUGAAUUUGAAAAAAAAAAAAAGAAUGUUUUUUUAAUGACAGGACCUACCAUACACAGUGACACCUGCCCAUCAGUAACUAACAUUCACACACUGUAGUCACAGCUAGAGCAUAAAUGCAUUCCAACAACCUGAUGAAUCAUUUAUGUUUUGUACACUAUGACCACCGUCAUUUAAUGUCUAGCUAGCGAUUGAUGCUAACAUGCUAACAAUGCUAGCGUUACGCUAGUGCAUAACCAGUGUCCAUAACCAAUCAAGUCUCCCCACAGUGGCUGCCAUAAGCACUUCUCCCUCCUGAUGCUAAAGGCUGUGACCCACGAGUGUCGUUCAAUCAGGAGAGACUCAUUUAAUAGAACAGCAAUCAUUUAUUACACAAGCCUAAAAUAGGAAUUGUGCAAGCUCUUGGGACUCCAUCAUGACGUACUAUCCCCGAAGGCAGGGAUACUGAGGUCCAAUAAUCCUAAUCCCCCUGGAGUCCAGACACUGGUGGUGGUGGUGGUGAAAGGAAAAGCAGCAACCUGACGAACCUGACGAGCCAGAUUGGCUUCAGGAAACUAAAAUGUGCACGCCCCCAAUCAGCUGAUUGCAUAAUUACAAAGGAGGCAAACAGAGUGAGACAGGUUGUCUUCCUGACUGAACUUGCGCUUAAGCUACAUUAAGUCAUUAAAAGAUUCACAAGGCAAAUCUGAGUGUUCCCCCCUCCGCUUUGGUUUUUUUGCAACUGCUGCCAAACCUGACGCAAAACUACGAACGAGCCGUGAAAUUUGUCGUCACACCCACUUGGAAGGGAGAGCUUGUUUGAACCUUAUAUCGAGACGUCUGACCAUCUAACCUCGCAUUGUAUUACAAGUUAUGCAGUAUCUGCUCCAUGUGAAGGGCAUGAAGCCAUAUCAAUUACUGGCAUUUAGCCAGGCUGUGACACUGAGUGACCAAAUACGUGUAAAUAUCCAAUUUCUUUGAUUAGGCCAGGUGGACAUGUCUCACUGAGAUGAUGUUCAAGAGGCACCAUCAACAAGCACGGAUGGAACAAAACCUGUGUCUGCAAUCCUGGAUGGGAUUUAGGCCCUUUACCUGCGUGCAACUGGUUUUAAUUCUAUAUUUUGCUUUAAUUGUAUACAUAGGCCUAAUGUAUGACGUUAGAGAUGUGUGAUGAACAUUUUCCCCUUUGAUACAAAGCCAAAGUUUAUGGGCUAUAAGUCCAAUUAAUAAAAAUAUACAUAUACACAUAAUCAAGCAAGAUGUUGCCUUUUAACAGCUUUCUUUCGUUACAUUCUGCUACUGUUCUUUUUGUGGGGCUCACCAGAGAUCUGAUAACAAAAAGACCGAAGGACAGACUUUGCAAUGCAAAAUGUAAUCUGAAUGCAUCCACCCACCAACAGAAACGCUGUCAUGGAAGCCCUGGUGCCGGUGGCUGGGCUACUUUCCAUAACUUGUGUUAUUAUUCUUGCGGUCUACUGUUUUUGCCUCAGCUCAUUUUCCGUGUUGUCGGUCGUCAUGCUGUGUGUGGCGGGAUGGGUGAUAACUCGGGUCUCCAGAAGAGCUGAGUUGAGGGAUCAUCGAGUGCUUCUUUGUUGAUAAAGGUGAAGGAUGACGAUGCGUUGUUGCCAAAUCAAAUCAGAAAUGUAUUGUGAUUACAGUCUGAGGGUCAACAGACUACUUCUUCUUUUCCAUAAUAAAUCCAAGGUGCUAUUG